AUGGAAACUUCUUACAACGUUAACGAUAAUAACUUCCAUUUUAACUCUGGUUCUAAUCCUCAAAGUGCUUUGCUAGGUUCUCAGUAUGCUCUUAAACUAGCUCUGCAGACAAUGAAAGAAAGAUGUCAAAAACUUCAGAAAAGACUAACAUGUCUCGAAGAUGAAAAUCUUCAACUAAGAAUUGAAAGACACACAGUUCCAGGACUCAUGAAAAAGGAACAAAAAAAUGAAUUUUUCUCCCUCCAAAAACAAGUGGAAGAAUUAAACAGACAUAAAUCACUGUUAUGUCAUCAUAUUUAUAUGGUUGCUAUGGAAAACAAAGAAUUAUGGGAAAGGUUAAGUAAAACCUCUGGUGAUAGAGAAAUGACUGAUAAUAAAAGUAACCAUGAAGAAAGUUUCAAUAACAAUCUUCAUAAACCUGAGAAAUCUAUUAAUGUUGUAGACUCUUGUUUUAAAGGUGGAAAAGAUGACAGCAUGGAAGAAAUACCUUUGAAAGUAAUAAGCAGUUUUAAGAAGAAUAAAUCAAUUUAUGAUGAUCGAAAUGAAGAGGUUCUUGAUACAAAAUCAGGUGAUGUGAGUUUAAAAGAAUGUGAGUUUACUUUGGAUAUUGACAUAGAUGAAGAAAAUGGUGUUUAUGAAGGACUUGUUAUAGAAAUAAAAAGAAUAUUACAGAAGUUGAGGAAUGAAAAAAUUGUAUUGAAGCAACAACAGGAAGGUCUCAAAUCUGCUUUGGAAAUAAUAGCAAAAUUCAUUAAAGAUAAGCAAACAUGCAAGAAUUGCAUUAUAUUAAAAGAAGAGGUAGAAAAUUUGAAAACGUCUGCAAAGGAUGCUGAUGCACCAAUAAGCAAUCAUCAAGAAGAAAGCUUUGAUUCAAAUUUAAGGAGGGAACCAAACUUUAACAUUUCUAGAACCAAAGAAAAUACUUUUGAAGAUCGUAUAUGCCCAUUGUGCACAAAAUUUUAUCCAAAAUCCACACCUUUUGAUGAGUUUAAUGAACAUGUUUUAAGUCAUUUUGUGGAAGAACCUGACCAGGAUUCAUUAAUGAGUAAUUAUGAAAUUUUAGCAUAA